GGGGGGGGGGAGCGAAGAGCUCUUUGCUAUCGGUUGGCCAGAGAUAGGUCUUGGAGGCCAUCACCGACGUCGAUGGCAAAAGGCUCCUUCUGAAGAUCUGAACUCAGCGGCCAGUUGCCGCUGAGGUGCCUGACAAAGUUGGUGCGUUCUUAGGACAAAAUAUUAUACUAAAUCAACUGUCUAUGAUGCCUUAGACACACUUAGCAGAUUCUUUGUAGAAGUGCCAGUUCCUGCAUAUUGUGACUUCUAUAGUGUAGGCAUAAAAUGGAAUUUCCAGAAGACGCGCGUUCACCUGGAGAGCUCACACCAGAUCAUGACAUGGAAGGGUGGACAGUCGACAGCAAUCACAAUAUUAUGACUUUCACAGAAGAUGAGAUUAAAACAAUCACUAGCAACUACAGCACUCUUAUUGGGAAAGGUGGCUUUGGAGAAGUCUAUAAAGGGAUCCUUGGUGAUGACUAUGAUCUAGUUGCAGUUAAGAGAUAUAUCCGCAAAGAGUUGAGAGAAGAGUUUAUGGAAGAAGUAGGCAUUCAUAGACAAAUGAGCCAUAAAAACGUUGUGAAGCUAAUAGGCUAUUGUAUUGGAGAAAGUACUCUAACGCUGGUAACAGAGUAUAUCUCCAAAGGAAACCUGGAUGACAUACUCCACAACAGUACUAUUUCCAUUCCUCUGGACGUAAGAUUGGGUAUUGCUAUAGGGUGCGCAGAAGCAUUGAGCUACAUGCAUUCGAUGCAUUUAUCAAGUGACAGCCUUGUAUACCAUGGUGAUAUUAAACCUGCCAACAUACUUUUAGAUGAAAAUCUUACAGCAAAAGUUUCAGAUUUUGGACUGGCAAGGCUUCUUUUAGGAGGCAUCACUCAGUACACUAGGAAUGUAAAAGGAAGUAUAGAUUACAUGGAUCCUAUACAUCUUCGGGAAGGGCGUCUUACUCCGAGGAGUGAUGUUUAUAGUUUUGGAGCUGUUCUCUUGGAAAUCAUAGCUAGGAAAAGGAUAAAACAGGGGAACUCUAGCCUCAUAUCAACUUUCAGUAAUGCCUGCGGUAAAAGUGAAUCGUUGAGGAAGCUUUUUGAUGCAGAAAUAGCUUGUAAGGCCAAUAUGAAGAUCCUUGAGGAAAUAGGCAAGCUGGCUACUGAAUGCCUGACACUGGACAUUCAUAAACGUCCUAGGAUUAGUGAUGUUGCUAAACGCCUUUUGAUUCUGUGGAAAGCUCUGCAGGGAGGACAAGAAAAAAGGGAACUCCUUUUGAGGUCACAAAAGGUUGGCUCAAGCAGCUUCAACUGUACCAGCUCAGUUGGGCACCGCAGAAAGAGGAGUUUGGGCAUCUUCGAGACGGAUGUCGUGGAUCCUGAGAUACUAACAAAGCUUGGCAGCAUGAGAUUUUUUACAGUGGCGGAGCUAUAUGAAAUCACAAAGAACUUCUCAAAACUAGUCGGUGAAGGCUGGUUAGCAGAGGUGUACAAGGGUACUCUUGAGGACAACACGGUGGUGGCAGUGAAAAAAUCUCUUCAGUUACAUGAGGUGCAUAGAUAUCAUUUCGUUAACGAAGCGAUGAUCCAUGCUCAACUCACCCACAACAAUAUUAUCAAACUUUUGGGCUUUUGCCUGGAGGUUGACGUUCCAAUUUUUAUAUAUGAGUAUGCUGCUAAUGGUACUCUCUCAGACCUCCUGAAUGGUACCAAAUGUUUCCCCCUCGAACUGCGGUUGCAGAUUGCGAUCAGAACUGCAAAAGCAUUAGCAUACAUGCACUCGUCUGAUUCUGGUUGCAUCAGACAUGGUAGUGUCAACCCUUCGAACAUCCUUCUAGAUGAUGGCUUCAUGCCCAAGGUCUCAGGUUUUUCACUUUCAAGGAGGCUUACCAAGGACUACGAUUCAGGCCCUAUUGUAGUUUACAGGCACUACAGCGACCCAAACUUUGUGCAGACUGGGCUUCUGACGGUGAAAAGUGAUGUGUACAGCUUCGGGAUUGUUCUUUUCGAGCUCAUCACCAGGAAGAUAUCUGUAUACGAUGAAGACCGUAGAGUUAUGGACCUUGUGACCAGAUACAACAAAGCUUAUCAUUCAGACAACAGAGGAGUAGCGAUGUUUGAUAAGGAUAUCAAGGCUACAGAGGAUAUCAUCCUGCUUGAAGGGAUCGGGAGGCUAGCAACUGAGUGCACCAAACUGGAAUCAGAUGAGAGACCCACAAUGAAGGAGGUGGCAGAACGCCUCGAGAUGCUUAGAGCAUCUUGGAACAAGGCCAGCCAAGGCGGAUAGCUACUAGCUUCACAAGUUGCACGUACACACGAUGGAACAAGGAUGGCCAAAGGCGGAUAGCUACUAGCUUAGACCCAACGGAAGGAGGCCAGCAACCUGUUUCAAGAGAUGGUCUUCAUGCCGGAUCCCUCUCUAAACUCAGCACACAAACUCUCGAAUUGUCUAAACUUUCUUUCUGGAUUUGUUAGCCGCUAUUCCAAGCUGCGUCCUGCAGGACGUUGCAGACCAGUUCUGUUCUUCAGAAGCUAAGCGUUUGGCUAGGUUCCCUAAUUGACCCAUGCAUCCGUCAGCUUCUCCUGGUAGAAAAUUUAUUUUUGAACUAUUUGAGGCUUUGAGUUUGUGUAAUCUUUGACUCAUCAAUUUAUGCGCACAUUAUUUGCCAUCAAAAAUUGGUUUCGCUAA